AGCGAAACCGGCGGGUCUGGCCGCCCCGCCCGCCGCGGUCAGCUGAUGGGCCGCCCUCCCCGAGGCCGCCGCCGCCGCGCGAACAUGGCGGCCGAGAUCCACUCCAGGCCGCAGAGCAGCCGCCCGGUGCUGCUGAGCAAGAUCGAGGGGCACCAGGACGCCGUCACCGCCGCGCUGCUCAUCCCCAAGGAGGACGGCGUGAUCACCGCCAGCGAGGACAGAACCAUCCGAGUAUGGCUGAAGAGAGACAGCGGCCAGUACUGGCCCAGCAUUUACCACACCAUGGCCUCUCCUUGCUCAGCUAUGACUUACCAUCAUGAUAGCAGGCGGAUAUUUGUGGGCCAGGAUAACGGAGCCGUCAUGGAAUUUCAUGUUUCUGAAGAUUUUAAUAAAAUGAACUUUAUCAAGACUUACCCAGCUCAUCAGAACCGGGUGUCUGCGAUUAUCUUCAGCUUGGCCACGGAGUGGGUGGUCAGUACCGGUCACGACAAGUGUGUCAGCUGGAUGUGCACCCGGACCGGGGACAUGCUCGGGAGGCACCUCUUCCCCUCCUGGGCUUCGUGUUUGCAAUACGAUUUUGAUACCCAGUAUGCUUUUGUUGGCGAUUAUUCUGGACAGAUCACCCUGCUGAAGCUGGAACAGGACACCUGCUCAGUUAUCACAACCCUCAAAGGACAUGAAGGUAGUAUUGCCUGCCUCUGGUGGGACCCCAUCCAGCGGUUACUCUUCUCUGGAGCCUCUGACAACAGCAUCAUCAUGUGGGACAUCGGAGGAAGGAAGGGCCGCACGCUCCUGCUCCAGGGCCACCAUGACCGGGUGCAGUCGCUGUGCUACCUUCAGCUCACGAGGCAGCUCGUCUCCUGUUCCUCGGAUGGUGGGAUUGCUGUGUGGAACAUGGAUGUUAGCAGAGAAGAGGCUCCUCAGUGGUUAGAAAGUGAUUCAUGCCAGAAAUGUGAGCAGCCCUUUUUCUGGAACAUAAAGCAGAUGUGGGACACCAAGACACUGGGGUUGAGGCAGCACCACUGCAGGAAGUGCGGGCAGGCCGUCUGCGGGAAGUGCAGCAGCAAGCGCUCCAGCUACCCCGUCAUGGGCUUUGAGUUCCAGGUCCGCAUGUGUGACUCCUGCUACGACUCCAUCAAGGAUGAGGAUCGGACUUCUCUAGCAACCUUUCAUGAAGGAAAACAUAACAUCUCCCAUAUGUCCAUGGAUGUUGCCAGGGGACUGAUGGUGACCUGUGGGACCGAUCGCGUUGUAAAGAUAUGGGACAUGACGCCCGUGGUGGGCUGCAGCCUGGCGACCGGCUUCUCUCCACACUGACCCGGGUCUGCACCUUCCCAGCGGCAGCCUGUACGAGCACCACCCUUCCCUGUGGUGCCACAGUCACCGUCACGUGGACGGACAGUAGCCUCUGAAACACAGAUCAACACUUUUCAAAGGAAAAAAAUGUAAAGAUGUGUUUUGAGGCAUUUGUGGACCUAUCUGUGGUUCCCAAGGAAUGGAAUCCCUCCAGCCAAACUUCCUCACGAACAGUGAGCUGAUGUGGACAAGAUUAAUCUAGCAAAUAGAGUUUUAGAGAAAAAAAUAUUGAACUAAAGAGCUGAUGCCUAGAACGUUCUUACAACAGCUGCGAGGACACACACACACACACACACACACACAC